AUGCUAGAGAUCCAGGACGUUGAACAAGCUAAACUCAAGUCGUUCACUUGGAUGAAACAUCUCGUAUCUACGGCAAGAAGCUUUAUGGAGAACACGGCGAUGCCUAUCGUCCUCCACGAGGUCGAUACAAACCUGUUCGACAAGCAGCAGUUCCAAUAUGUUACCAUCUCCUACCCCUGGCAUCCGGUACCAUACGAAUCUGGCAAAUGUAAGAACUUUCGGAUCAGGACGCUCGAAGGUGACGAACAUCCCAGCGUCGUCCGCGACACGAUCAUGCGGCGCGCUGUUCACUACGUGCAACAUCAUCACCUGAAGGGCUUUUGGAUUGACCACGAGUGUCUUGAUCAAGAGGACACCGUAAAGCACCAGAUCGCAAUGCACUCGAUGGACCGACUCUAUGCGGAAAGUCCCUGCUCGGUCGGCAUGCUAACGACCAAAGUAGACCGUCAGUGGAAGCUGAAUGCUCUGAGUGCACUGCUGGAUGGAUCCCUCUUUCGAGGCACAGGAGAUGAGACUGUCGUGACUGCGCCGCCGUCUCUCGAAUCGGCUGGCUUCUGGCGAGUGCUGAAGUGGUUUGUCCGUCUCGUCUCCGAUCCCUGGUGGCGGCGAUGCUGGAUCUUUCAGGAGGAAUACUGCGCAGGUCGGAGGAUGUCCAUCCUCAUUCCAUGCGAGCCGAGCUUACAACAGAACACUCCAGAGUUUGGAACGAUGCGUGGCGAGCUCGAGAUACCGGCCAUCGAGCUGCGCACUCAACUCACCGUUUUUGCCUUGGCUUGUCAACGUGACGCUAGACUGGACGCGAAACAGAAACACUUUGUGCAAAAGACCAUACUGCAUAAAGCGGAGCGAUACCAGACGUCCUACCAGCAUGGAAGGCACCGGGGACAUACCUUGUCGGCCAUCAUCAUGGCAGACCUCCAACGACGCCGUAUCAAGUAUCCACGGGAUUUUCUUGCCGUUUCGGCCAACUGCUGUGCUUAUAGCAGACGGCUCGACGAGGAAGCGCUAGACCAGCACGAUGAAGUCAGCCUGGGGCUGUCCUUAUUCGUUCAGGCACUUAUCAACGGAGAAAUUCUGGUCAACCAGAAGCACACCUGUCGAACAUUUCGUCGAGGCUUCGCUGCAUUCUUCCAUCAGCAGAUAUUCAGCGCGGUGCAACCCCCAAUGGGAAUGGACACCCUCACUUUCCUCAAACAUUGCCGCCUCACGAAUAUACAGUUGUGUCAUGAAGGAAUAGCGACCACAGGAUAUCUUUGGCGGAUCACAGAUGCUCUGAAGGUCGGCAGCGUGGAAGCAAGAUACCAAUUCCCUUCCCACCAAAGCUCCACACAGUCGUGCGACAGCCUAUGGGCAUGUUUGAAUCAGCUUGCUCAGAGGAUAGCAUCGUCGCACCCCUCGUUAGCCAGUCGGCUGAGUCACUUCAUAUCGGAGAGGAAGACAAGGUCUAAUCUAGCGGUUCGAGACGAGUUUAUGGUGGCCAUGGCCAAAGAAGUGGCUCGUGCCUGGAGCGACAAACGCAGGCUUGUCGUUGGUGAGCUUCUAAGUCAUGGCACUGGUUGUGGGCUCUUUGUCGCAACAGACCCACAUGAUCUGCCCCGCCAUGUCUUCACCUCAUGGCACAAUGCUUCAGGUUCACCUUUCCGAGAUACGCAAGAGCCAGUCGACAAACACGUGUCGCUGGAGCUUGACGUGGAGGCAGACCUCAGCGACCGAGGACUUCCGCGACUGAGAACCAGGAGAUGGAUCAACGGACUCUGCUUCUUCAGUCAAACAGCGGAACAAGAGGUUGUCUUUCCAUGGCCAGAUUCAUUCCUAUAG